AUGGUAAGCGUCAGAAAUCUAACAUACCUGUGGUAUUCCAGUCUGGUCCUCGCCAAGACCCCAAGCAAGAAGCCAGACUCCUACCAUCAUGUACAUGCCCAUGAUCAUGCGAAGAAAUUGGGCAAGAACAUUGAAGGUAAGGAAGUUACCCACUUGUUCCGUAGAGGUGGUACUUGUCAAUUCCCCAAUGGUGACGGUAUGGUUGCUGUUCAAACUAGCGGGAAAAACGCUGGCUGGGCUAUGCACAAUGACCAAGAAUGUUCCUAUGGGUCCUGGUGUCCUUAUGCGUGCGAACCAGGUCAAUUGAUGAACCAAUGGGAUCCUGAUGUCACCUCGUACACUUACCCCGGUUCCCAAUACGGUGGUUUGUACUGUGACGAUAGUGGUAAUUUGCAAAAGAAGAGAAGUGGUGGGUACUGUUACAGCGGUAAGGGUACCGUGGUUGCCAAGAAUAACGCUGGCGGCGAAGUUGCCUUUUGUCAAACUGUUUUGCCUGGUAACGAAGAAAUGUUGAUCCCAACUUCUGUUGGUGGUGGAUCUUCUCAAACCUUGGCUGUCCCAGGUCCAGAGUACUGGGCUGGUACUGCAGCUCAUUAUUAUGUCAACCCUCCUGGAACCAGUGCUGACGAUGGUUGUCAAUGGGGUACUAACGCAAAAGCCAUUGGUAACUGGGCUCCUUAUGUUGCCGGUGCUAACAUGGAUGCCAGCAAGAGCACUUUUGUCAAGAUCGGAUGGAAUCCAGUCUAUUUGGAACAAGGAUCAUCCUUCAGAAACGACAAGCCAAGUUACGGUAUAAAAAUCACAUGUGAUGAUGAAUCUAAGUGUGUUGGUUUGCCUUGCAGCAUCGAUCCAUCGAAACAAAAUGUUAAUGAGGUCGAGUCCAGCUUGAAAUCUCAAGGUGAUGGUGCUAGCUUCUGCGUCGUCACUGCUCAAAACGGUGCCAAGGCUAACAUUGAAGUGUUUGAAGUCGGUGGUGGUGGAAACCAAAAGAGAGAACACCAUGAACACAAGGAAAACAACGUCAUAACAACAACAAAGUACAAAACUGUUACUGUCAAUGUUUAG